AGGGGCUAGGAACAACCUCAGGAACGCGAAUCCAAGCUUCCUUCUUGCGCCGUCCAACGUCACCCUCAUUCCUCUCUCAAUUGAGUCAUCUCGUAAACCGCCAAUAGAGGUACCGCCUGUGCGACCUCGGACAUCAUCAUGCUGUCCACCAUCGGACGAGCUGCCGUCAGGCGAGUGGUUGCUCCUGGUCCUCAAUCAACAAACAGCGCUUUUCGAAGCAUUUGGCAUCUUCAAAAUGUUGGCACCUUCCACAACCCAAAGAUCAGCUCAACUCUUCGGAAGCCCUCUUUCUCUCCAGGGCGAACCUACGCAACAACUACCAAAGUUGCUCCCAAGUCCAAGACAACCACCAAAACAGCGAAACCAAAGAAGAAGCCAGUUGCGAAGAAGGCCGUGAAGAAGGCAGUGAAGAAGGUCGCGAAGAAGAAGAAGGUCGUGAAAAAGCUCAAGCCCAAACUUAGGGGUCGACCUGCUAAGAAGAAGAUCUUGACGGAAGAAGAGGCAAAGAAGGUAGCCGUGAAGGAUCUAAAAGCCAAGGCGCUCAUUCUGCCCAAGAAACUGCCUCACACCGCCUGGACUGUACUCGCCUCAGAAAUGUCGAAGGCAAACCCAACGAACCCGAGAGUGGCUUCUGGAAUGGUCGAAGCUUCUGCGAAGUAUAAAAGCCUCAGUCCUGCGGAAUUGGAGCACUAUAACCACACCGCCAACCUAAACAAAGCUGCAAAUGAAACCACGUACAAACAAUGGGUUGAAUCUCACACACCAGAGCAAAUCCGUGUUGCAAACCUCGCUCGUGCGCAGUUGAGGACCAAGGAUCCUCUUCACACGUGGAGAGCAAUUCAUGAUGACAGAAUCCCAAAGCGUCCAUCAAACCCUAUGUUCUUGUUUUACAAGGAGAGGUAUGCUUCGGGUGACUUAAAGGGAAUUGCUUUAGGAGAUAACGCACGUCUUUUGGCAAAAGAAUGGGCUGCACUCGCACCAAGUGACAAAAAGACCUACGAGAACCAGGCGACUACAGACAGGCAACGAUAUGCCCAAGAAUACAAGACCAUCUUCCAUCGCGACCCCAAAUUCGUCGCCAAAGAGAAGGCUGCAUAGUUGUGUCCUGCUUGUGCUAUGAUUCCCGCCUUCUGGAAAAUUGGUCUUGGCGCAUGGCUAUAGGUCACACCUGGAGGGUAUGAUGUACGAUGUGUCGUCUUUCGUUUUCUCUGAUACCGUCACGGGUGUGGUGUUCUGAGUAACUCUGGCAAACAACGGGGAUUUCUCUGCAGAGGUGUUAUUUAUGUAUUGCUUAGGGUGCCGACUAGACAGAGUGCUGUUUGAUAUCGAGAUAAAUGAACAACUGGUCUCGUCUUCUGGCGGGGGAGUUUUCGAAUAGUCUGACUUCAAACUUGGUGACAAGAGUGGUGGGAAAUGUCAAUCUCAGCCACUCUCGAGUCCUAAAUGAGACGCUGGCUAUAGGCGACUAUGGCGAACAAUGACACACAAAUCAU